GAUAUCCCUGUCUCUGUGCGAGUUUGUUUAUGUCCUCGUCUGUCUUUGGUUUAUUUCGUUUUUGUUUUGUUUUUUUACCGGCACGUACUGUUGACCCUUGGGGGUUUUUCCGGAAGGCUACCCCCCAGGCUGGUGGUGCGCACGUUCCACUAUUUAUUUAUUUAUUUAUUUGUUUCUGAUUCUUUUGUUUUCUUGUAUUUUAUCGCUCUGCUAACCCUUGGGGUCCAUUUUAUUUUGGUAUACCUUUUCUAGCAUUUUUCAUAUCCAAUAAGCGGCGGAGGUGAGCAUUUACUCCGCUUCGCCCUCCCUCACCUCUCUCUUCAACACCCCUCCCACAACCUAGCCGGUUGGGAGGAGCACUACCAUAAGGCAGCGCGUACAUGAGACGCCGUGCAGCACGGGGCAGCAAGUAGCCUGUGGGUGGAUUAGCAGUUCGCGAAGGAGACAGCGGAGAGACAUGACCAGAAUCCCUGGCGGCCGGGCCAUUGUUGUAGCAUUGCUGGCGUGCCUUGCGAGUGUGGUGUGCGCCGCGUCAGUAUACCCUAGCGACCCGCACCUAGACUGGAGCGAGUGGGACGACCCACCAGCGUCUCACCUGAACAAUGACCCUGCCAAGAGCAUAAUGGACAGCAACGGUCGCCAGCAUGUAGACGAGGCCGGCGUGCGGCGGCUGGUGACGACGUGUGCCCUUCGGUUAGAGCUGUCAGCUGAUGUGUGCGGGAAGGGGGAGGUUCCCGACCCGCAAGAUGCCUAUCGGUUGCACCACAUGCACUCGGGGGGCCUCCCGUGCGGGUUCGAGGAGCGCUUGGGGAAGGAGGCUAUGGAGGAUAUUGCCUCCAAGUAUUCGUUUCAUUUUAUAGGUGACAGCACCAGCCGUAGACUCGGGGAGAGUUUUGUGUCGAUUUUCACGGGGCGAGGAUCGACCCACCCAGUCGUCCAGAGGGACAUAAACUUUUCUUCAGGGAACCUUAAGGUACACUUCUACUGGGCACCGUUGUGCUCGGGUCCCGAGAGCGUCGGCGCGAUGCUAACAACCGUCAUGGACGCGGUCCUCGCUGCGAAAGACGGCAAGCGCGCGGUGAUCAUCACAGCGUUCGGCGUCCACGACGCGUUUGAGCUGCAGCAUGCCGCCAACGGGCAUGGAAGCCCCUCGUACCAGAGCACCCUUCCUCAAGAUAUCGUUGAGAAGGACGGCAUGAGGGCCGCCGCGCUUGGUGCUUGCCGGGACGCUACCACUCAGCUGGUCAGAACAGCUGCAGCAACGGCGGUACCCGGGACCGCAGCGCCACCAGUGGAGGAAGAGCAAUCGCCGGGGGAUGCGCAGCACCAGCUGCCGAACGUGUCAACGCAGGUUGGGCGACACGAGACAUCACAGAAACAGGCGGCAGGUAUCCCACCAAACAAUGUCAGAGGUGGUUCGGUUGGGGCUGGAAAGGAAGACGCGCUGGACGCAUCAGCCCCGCCGGCCGCAUCAGGCCCUUUGCAGCCGCUGCUCUUUCUUAUGCAGAACAACAGAUAUCCCCCCGGCUCUGUGGAAAAUGCGUUUCAGGAAGACCUGCAUAGAAUACAGAGGCAGGCCGUUGGCGAGUGGGAAGCAAGCGAAGGGUCUAAGGGCGAUGACGGUGAAAGAGGAUUGUUUCUUGUGGACGAUAGCGUGGGCUUGUAUGGGAACUUGUCCUGUUACCGCAGUGCCAACCCAAUCCACUUCGAUGAGCCCGUGAAGCUUAUGGAAGGGAAGAUGCUUUGGGACUUGCUGGUGCUCGUCGACAACGGGAGCGUGUUACCCCCCACCCUUUUAUUGGCCAACGAAGACUACGGGGAUAGUGCUGAUGGCGAGGGUGGCGGUAGGUUCUCGAUUAAUCCGUUGUCGUUGUCGUUGUCGUUGUCAUUGCCGUUGUUGGUGUUCUUGUUGAUACCUCUUGCUUGUUUCUUGUUUCGAUAUUGCCGCAAUAGAGAAACGCUGGCACGAGAGUGCCAGAAGCACGGCCGCAAUCCAAGUGAGUGUUACAUUUAAGGUGCCCUGACCUUGUGGCUGGCGUGCAGCGGUGCUGUAGGUUGUUCGAAUGUCGCUUUUGGCGGUGGGAUUCCACCCGCCCUUGAAGAGGCGUAGAGAUUGACGCUGACUUCCUUGACAUGCUCGGUUGUGUUAUUGUGCGUUCGUUCCACGUAGACUCACGCGUUGCCUUAUGGAGGCCUCGCUGAGUUGAUGUCGAUCCUUGUUCCAUGUGCACCGCAUGCCUUGUGUUCGGAGUGCUCGGAGUGUUGUGCAUCUGCCGAAAUCGUUUCUUUUCGCGGCCGAUAUUUUUGUUAGCAUGGCACGCAAUCUGUCUUCUCGAGAGGUCGGACUGUUUUGGCGUGCGCCCACACCCCUUUCAGCGUCGUGCGCCAUAUUUGGGCACAUCAUUGGCGCUUUGUCCAAUUUUGAGUGAAAUGAUUUCUGCUGUAGUGGUUGAGUGAAUUGACGUCGUCCAUUCCUCCGUCGCAUUGAUUCUUAAAGGUGGGCUCAUCGUUGUGUGCUUGCUCCCCUCGUGAGAUCCUCCAUCUGGGAGGCGGGUGUGUUGCAGGGUACCAAUGUUGCCAAAGGCGAGUGUCAAGCACCCGCGUACUUGAUCCCCCUUGCAUUGACACGCAUGUGGUCCAUCCUUUGUUGUUUUUCACAAGCAGCUACAGUAUCGAUGCGUUCGCCGUACUUUGACUGCACGUGUUGCCAAUAAGGUGUUUUCAUUUGUGGUCUCGCGCGGCCAUAUUCAUCUUUGAAGGAGUGUGGAGGGUUGUUCAACGCAUAAAAGCACCAGACAGGGCUUGGCUGACAGUUAUACAUGUUUAGCCAUCGAUCUUGCCUAAAAAGCUACCAAGUACUUUGGAAGCAGUUGCUCUGGAGGGCUUGACUUUUCGUCUCACACAUGUCAAUGGAUUUGGACGGGCAUCUCACUUCAACGGGUUUGGACGGACGACCAUGGUUUGCUCGAAAGGGGACACGUUGUGCUUGCCAAACACACAAUCCAUCUUGCGUAGAAUGCUCCAACUACUUUUGAAGCAGUUGCUUCUGGAGGGCUUCACUUGCCGUCUCACACAUGUCAACGGAUUUGGAAGGACAUCUCACA